AUGUCUGUCGCAGUGGAAACCCACCUUAUGAAGGACGAUACCGCCGAAACCGACUCGGAGCUCCACCGUGACAUUAUCUCCCAGUUCCCGCUUCUUAAUGCUUAUACGCAGGUGUUAUUUGGGUUCAAGCUGCCGGCCGACGUGGACCGCGAUGCCAUCGUCACAUCCCUACAGGACGGCUUUGACAAGCUCAAGGCAGACAUCCCCUGGCUGGGGUGGCAGGUGGCCCGGGAGUCAGGUCCCGGUGCCAUCUUGAAGGCGAUGCCGUGGCCUACGGACAUGCCCGAGGAGCGAAUCCGCGUCAAAAACUGUGACGAUCUUAUCGCACCUAUGGCCAAGAUCAUCUCAGCUGGUGUGCCAAUCCACAUGCUGGAUGGAUCAGUCCUGACACCCUGGCCGUCACUGCCGCAACCCCGAGGCCUUGAGAGCCCCGACCCUGUCGUUGCCAUGCAGGCCAACUUUGUGCGCGGUGGACUGCUCCUCAACCUCAGCUCUCACCACACCAUCAUCGAUGGUACUGGGCUCUACCAGUUCGUGAACCUGCUGGCCCUUGUCAUGAACGGCAAGCGGAUUCCGGCCGCCGACCUCGAGCAAGCCAACCGUGACCGCAGCCGGGUGAUCCCGCUCAUUCCGCGAAGCGAGCCCGUCAAGAGCUACACCCACCUGCGUCGCCCGCCCGGCUACACCUGGGCACCACCUUCGAGCCCUCCAAUGUGGUGUUACUUCAAGAUGCCGGUCAACGCUCUGGCCCGACUCGUCAAGUCAGUCAAGGACGAUCCAUCUAGCAACAAACCAGGCUCGCUGAGGGUCUCCGAUAACGAUAUAUUCUCUGCCUUUGCAUGGCAGCGCCUCUGCGCCGUGCGCGUGGCUAAUGGACAACCGCCGGAGCGCUCGUCCAAGCUCGGCCGUGCUAUUGACGGGCGCAUGCCGCUGGGCGUACCACUGACCUACAUGGGCCACAUGGUGUGCCACGCCCUGGUGCGGCUGCCAUUGGAUCAAGUGGCUAAUCUGCCACUGGCACAGAUUGCGCAGGUGCUGCGCCGGGAGCUCAUCCAGGCUAACACGCCGUGGUCCGUUCGCAGUUUUGCCACAUUCAUGGCUCGCGAGCCCGACACCUCCACCCUGCUGUAUGGUGGCCCCCACGAUGCCCGAGCAGAUCUCAUGGUGACUGCAACUGGACAGGCGACGCCACUGCCAGCGUCUUGGGGCCCCCUGUUGGGUCGAUCAUGCUUUUUCCGCCGCCCGACUGCGGCGCCGAUCCCUGGCUGUUUGAUUAUGAACGACGCUGAGGGCGCGUUUAUCCCUCUGACGCUGUGCAUGCCCGAGGAAGAUAUUAAUGGGCUAAAGAAGGACCCAGUAUGGAAGCAAUACGUACGAUACGUUGGAUAA